UUUAGAGCUAACGUAUUCGCUAAAACGCAAAAGUGACGUAAUGAUUUUAGAAAACAAAAUGCAUAAAGUUCCUAAUGGUAGUCAGCCAUCAGACAUCCACCAAGAAACAUCGCAAAAACUGUGCAAAAAUAAAAAGGAAACGGACUUGAACACUCAAAAAUAAAUAGUAAACGUAAACUGAUUUUGGUAUAAGUUACUGGAUAACAAAGCGAUUAGAAAAUGAGCCUUGUGGAAUCAACCGCGCCGAGAACGUAUGGCCGUGUCCCCAGCUAUGGCCCCGACUACUGUUCCAUCUGUUACACGGAUGCCCUCCGGGAUGCAGACGUUGUUCAGUUACUGUGCGGACAUGCGUUCCACCUGGACUGCACACGGAAGCUCCUGGAGCACAAGUUCGUGAGUCACCGGCUCACCUUCCACUUCUUGCUGUGCCCUUUAUGUAAGGCACCAAUUGAGAACCCGGCACUGGAUCCUGUCCUGGCCCCACUGAAGGCUCUCCGUGAUGACGUCAGAAGGAAAGCCAAGACGCGGCUUAUAUUUGAAGGGCUUGACAAAUCGACUGACAUCGUGAGUCCCUCUGGUCGGUUCUACAACAAACCCGCAGAAUUCGCCAUGGAACACUACGCGUAUUAUAUGUGCUUCAAAUGUAAACAGCCGUAUUUCGGCGGUGCGGCUCAGUGCGAGGGUGCGGUCUGGGACCACGAUGUCAAGGCGGAGGAGCUGAUUUGCCCAGCCUGCGUGGGGCCUGAACAAGUGCAGACUUGUUCGAAGCACGGAACUGACUACAUAGCCUUCAAAUGCCGCUACUGUUGUUCCUACGCGGUGUACUUCUGCUUUAGUACGACCCACUUCUGCGAAAUGUGCCACAGCAACAACGCUGUCGUAACGACCGCGCCCCCUCACCUCUGCCCCACGGGCCCCUUGGGCAAACAUCUUCCCGGCGGUUGCCCCCUGGGUGGGAAGCACGCACCCAACGGAGUUGAACAUGCCUUUGGGUGCGCCAUGUGCGCCAAUUUGAGUUCUUUCUAACAAGCUACUCCAUCUUUUACUUAUAUCAUUAUACACUUUGUUGUAUUGGUUUGCGUAUGAUAUUUCCUAUUUUAAUAAAUAAUUUGUGAUUUUA